ACCAGAGAAUCGACCAACCCGAGGACGGAUCUUUUCAAAGGAGGGAAAGGACUGAGAAGAGGAUCGAAGAGGAGUUUUCGGAGGAGUUUAGCCCACCAGCUACCGUGGCGUCCGUGGUCCACCAGUUUGUGUCCCCUGUGCGUCCCUGUCCGUGUUGCAUUCGCUCCCCCAGCUGGGUAACGGUUGUCAACAUGGCCCGUAUGAACCGGCCGGCGCCGGCCGAGGUGUGCUACAAGAACAUGCGGCUACUCAUCACGCACAACCCCACCAACUCCACCCUGAACAGCUUCAUCGAGGACCUUAAGAAGUACGGAGCCACGACGGUGGUGAGAGUGUGUGAGGUCACCUAUGACAAGGCUCCGCUGGAGAAGGACGGCAUCACCGUGGUGGACUGGCAGUUUGACGACGGCGCGCCCCCUCCCUCUAAGGUGGUGGAGGACUGGCUGAGUCUGCUAAGGUCCCGUUUCCUAGAGGAUCCAGGCUGCUGCGUAGCCGUGCACUGUGUGGCUGGACUGGGCAGAGCCCCGGUGCUGGUGGCGUUGGCUCUGAUCGAGAGUGGUAUGAAGUAUGAGGACGCCAUCCAGUUCAUCAGACAGAAGCGCCGAGGGGCGAUCAACAGCAAGCAGCUGACCUACCUGGAGAAGUACCGACCCAAACAGAGACUGCGCUACAAAGACCCACACAUCUUCAAGAACAAGUGCUGCAUCAUGUGACCCCCCCCACCCCUCUCCUGCUCAGCCAAUCAACUGCCUGCCACCGACUGAUCUGACCCGAAUGGAUACUGACGACGACGGACGAGUCCACAGCCAAUGCACUUUGUGACUGAACUUUUGAGAACUAUUGGAUUUAUAAAUCAUGAARUGAGCAGCUCCACCAAAGGAAGGGUGUGAUGUCUCCCUGGUGCCUAAUGACAGUGCUUACUGGGGGGGGGGGGG